AUGGACCAAUGGGAAGGUGCCAUUCGAUCCAAGUGGAUGGGGAUGGGAGAAGCAGCUGCAGGCGUGCCUCAACGCCAUUGGUUGCAUGCAGAGGAGAGGUGUCACGUUCUGAAGUCCUCAGACGCCACCUCGAGCUUCCCAAAAACCUAUAUAAAGGCCCCUUCAGCCUUCAUUUCAACUCACACCAAAACAAGAAAGAAGAGAGAGAGAAAGAGAAGAGAGAAGAGAGAGCCCAAAGAAGAAGGAAGAAGAAGAGGAAGAAGAAGAAGAAGAACAAGGUGGAGAAGAAGAAGAGAAGAUCCAGAGGCGGAUCGGGUUCGGGCUAGAGCGGGAAAUCUCUGUGAGGUUGUGACGGGUAAUCUUCUAGAGAGAGAAGUUAUGCCGUCAGAUCUCUUGUGUUGUGAGGUUGUGUUAGGUAACCUUCGGGGAAGGUUAUGCUGGCAGAUCUCUUUUGUGUGUAAGAUUGUGAUGGGUAACCUUCGGGGAAGGUUAUGCCGUCAGAUCUUGUUUAUGCAGGCCCAUAUGUUGAGUAUGACUCCGAUGUGGAAAGAUCACGGACGGCUGAGCCGCCAGAUCUUUCGAGGUUCGUGUGGGUACUCUUCCGAGGCAAGGGAAGCUCUGCCGCAGAACCGAGGGUGUAGUCAAGCGCAUUCUCGCACGUCAGAGCCCAACCGGAUUGGCAGCGUGGAGGCUGUGCAUGAAGGGAGGAAGACUCGGAGGAUAACCUGGUCAGCUGCCUUGGCCGAGUAUGGUACCAUAUGA